AAGGCUUAUGUCUACGAUUUCCUUUUUGUUUUUGUAGGCUGAUAUAUUUUUCCACCGGAAGUUAGAAAUGUUUAUAUUAGUAACUCUCGCGAGAAAACUCACGUUAACUACUUUGACUGAACGCGGGAAUCUCAUGCAAAUGAUCUCGCAGACCCGGGAACACACUGAAGCAGAUUGUUAGUGGAAGUUUGUAGUGUCGUCCUUUAAUUAUCAAUUACUUAGUUUUUAGUAGGUUUUAAUUUUUUAUUGUACUGUAGGUUUUUAAUUGUGCAUACUUUGCCAACAUGCCCGUCCUAGAAGUCACAGAUGCUUCUGCAGUUUCUCCAUCAAAGAGAACAAAGACAGAAAAAAACCCUGCACAGGAAAGACCUGUCCUCAAAUUUGCAAAACUUUCUGAGCAUGCUACGACCCCGACCAGAGGCUCAGCUAAAGCAGCAGGUUAUGACCUCUACAGUGCGUAUGAUUACUCCAUUUCUCCUAUGGAUAAGGCCAUUGUAAAGACAGACAUUCAGAUAGCAGUUCCACAUGGCUGCUAUGGGAGAGUGGCACCAAGAUCUGGACUGGCAGCAAAACACUUCAUUGAUGUUGGUGCUGGAGUUGUAGAUGAGGACUACAGAGGAAAUGUGGGUGUUGUGCUGUUCAACUUUGGCAAAGAGACGUUUGAAGUGAAAAAGGGCGACAGAGUUGCUCAGCUGGUGUGUGAGAGGAUCUGCUACCCAGAUCUGGUGCAGCAAGAGACACUCGAUGAAACAGACCGUGGCGCUGGAGGUUUUGGAUCAACUGGAACCAACUGAAACCCUCAUGUGUUUUUAAAAUAUGUUAGUCUUAACUUUGAUAAAAUAAGAAAUAAAGUUUUGUUUUAUAUUUGA